AGGCAGGUACUGUUGGGCCUUGAUCAUAGUUGACAGGCAGCCCGGUUUCUUCUCUUUUAUCAGAACACUGAUCUUUAUCUGAUGAUUGGCUUGACUUUAUAAAGCUCUUCCUCUGAGUGGGUUUGUUUAAAAAAGAAGAAUAAAGUUGACAGCUUUUUCUGUGCCUUACUGGAAGGAGUUGAAAUUUGGGGGCUCUCUGCAGUUCUGUGUGACUGUCGUGGUUUUCGUUUAUGAAACGAAAAACCAAGAAGAAACAAAGGCGUGUGAUGAAUGCAUCCGCAUCCAUGUUGGAUAGGGCAGUUUGGGUGCUCAAAUAGUCACCGUUUGCUCGGACAAAACGCUGCUGCAGUAACUGAUAGAGCUCGGCUGGUGGUUUAAGGAUUUCCCAGAUACCAGUAGCUGCUUGCUUGCUCGCUGACCCAGGAUUCCUUUAGCCUGGGCCUCUCUCUGUCCACUGCACACCCAGUCAGAUGCACUGCGUCUGCCUAGCCAGUCCCAGCCCAGCAAUACGGUUGCAUACAGCAUUCAGCAUACACACACUCACACAGUGUGAGUGGCACGGUCACUGUUAACGGCAAGCGUUACACAGCGGAGCUCAGCAGCCCCUGACCGGCGGAGCGACCGAGCUGGUACUUGCCGCCGACCGACUGAGUCAGCACUACCGGGUCGCCAGUCAAUAAGAGCCCCGUGUCGUAAGCUCAUCGCCCCCGUAGUACACACAGACUCUACACAUUGAGUAGUUACUAUAACAGUGCGGCAACUGACUGGCACGUUCAGGGGACUCGAUACAAUGGAGGCCAACCCAAUGUCUAUGUACUACAGCUGGCAGCUCUACCUGUCGGCCUGCCGGGACCCAAGUAUGUACCUGUGGCACAAAGAGUUGAAGAAGGUUCGGGCCAACACCGGCCCGCCAACCCCACCUCUAACCCCCACCAGUCAACACCAGCUCCAGUCAUUCCUUCCGGGUGGCCCAGUGUCAGCCCAUGCUGCAUUCGCCCUCCACGGCAACAUCCACUACGCCAGUCUGCAAAAGAACGGUGAGUCCAUGCCCUUACUCCCCCUCAACACGCUCAACUCAGUCUGGGCGCCGCAGCACCACCACCAAGGCGGCUACCCUUCCCCCUGGCACCUACUGCCGGGCACAUUGCAGCAUUCCCUACCUGCGGGCGAGCUGGCUCACCGGGCCUUCAGCAACCUUGGGGCUGACUACGGUAAGGACUCAGUCCGCGCCCCGCAACCACGGGCCCCAAAGUUUGACUUUGCCCACUUGGCGCUGGCCGCCACCCAGCCCUGCAGCGUCGAUGAGAACCUUGCCAAGGGGACAGGUGUUGUGGCCCUGCCCCACCCACCCCACCCACAUCUACACCACCAUGGCCACCCGGAGGAGCGACGCAGGGGGCGGGGCCCCACCCGGGCCAAGAAGGAGUUCAUCUGUAAGUUUUGUGGCCGGCACUUCACCAAGUCCUACAACCUUUUGAUCCAUGAGCGCACCCACACAGAUGAGAGGCCGUUCUCUUGUGACAUAUGCCAGAAAGCAUUUAGGCGGCAAGACCAUCUGAGAGAUCACAGGUAUAUCCAUUCCAAAGAGAAACCCUUUAAGUGUCCUGAGUGUGGCAAGGGCUUCUGCCAGGCACGCACCUUGGCCGUGCACAAGACCCUGCACCUGCAGGAGUCGCCCCACAAGUGCUCCACCUGUGGCCGCACCUUCAACCAGCGCAGCAACCUUAAGACCCACCUGCUGACCCACACCGACAUCAAGCCCUACAGCUGCGAGCACUGUGGCAAGGUCUUCCGGCGCAACUGUGACCUGCGCCGGCACAGCCUGACCCAUGGGGAGGGCGGAGAGGAGGGGUUGGCAAUCUCCGAAGGGGGCGAAGAGGGAUCAGGCCUUGAGGAAGGCGAGUUGGAGGUCCACGUGCAGGGGAACGCCCUCUGUGAAGAGAGGCCGCAGGUGCCCACAGCAGCAGUACAGUAAUAGCCGUGUCUGAAUCUAUUGGAUCUGGCUUGGCUUUAAUGCACACUUCUAUAGGAAUCAUCUGCAGCUGCGAGCCAGGACAAACCAUGGGUGCAUAUGUUACUUCCAUGCGUAUCCUCGGCUUUCAGACACAAUUUUUGUAACAUUUAGUCUGGUGCCAGUGGUGGUUUGGCUCCAGCCUCUGGUAUUAGUAUUUAUGUACAAAGGUCAUUGUUGUUCUAAUCAUUAAAAUGUAAAUGGUACAUUAUGACAUGUAAAGGAUAUAUUGCAGCUACAUUGUAAGAGUGGAAAAGUGAAGGUGAAAGGUUAUAUAAGUUGGUUUGGGAUAAGAUGUUGGGCAGAAAGUUUUAUUUUUUAGGUUUGGGAAGUGUAGGUUGCACAAAGAGAGUAAGCUUGAGAUUCAACUCAUAUUUAUUAUUUUUGGUUGAUAUUCUGUUAGAAAUAUGUAAUAUUGGUUAAGUAUGUAAAUGUGACGCAGAAUUCUUAUUUAUUGUUAAUUUUUGGUAGCGUUUUUAGACCUUUUAUGGGAUUGACGUUUAAUGUGGUGGGUUGUAGUUGCUUCUCUGCAAAUUGUUCCUUUAUCUCUGUUUUUAUUGAUUGAAAUGACAACCAUUUCUUUGCAGUCAGUAUUAAAUCUUUCAGUACAGACAUACCUCGAAAAAAAGUGGACCCGCCCACUCUUGAUAUGUAAAUAAUACAACUUGGCUAUUCCAUGUUUGAAUGAAAGGGUGCACACAUGUAUGUGUAUUUUGAUUCCCUUGUUUUUUCCCACUCGGUGAUACUUAGAUAGCAUUUGAAAUGUUCACUUAUAGAAUAGUACAACAGAAAUUGACCUCAGUUUGACCUGCAUUCCCUCUGCCCCCCCUUUUUUGGUAGAAAUUUGACAAAUUCGUAUUGGCAUUUAAUAAAAAGUACUUUCAUGUUCAUAUUGUGUACAUGUACUAUGAGAAGUGUAUCAGAUCUACAGUAUGUAUGUAGGUUUUUGUCUGUGUGUUACCAGUACCUUGUGGCAGUCACAUGCAGUGCCAGAGGGCGCUUUUCUUAAAAAGGAGCAGGCUUUUUAAGUACCACAUACUAGUACAGUGAUCAUCCAACUUUUCUGUCUUUUCUCUUUUGGACAAAAGUACUCUGAAUUUGACAUAAUCUUCAGCCAAAUGACUUGUUUCACUGUUUUAAAACCUUUUUUUUAUUGUCUACUGCUUAUUUGUGAUGUCAGCUUGGCAAUUUGAAAUAACUUUUGAAAAACCUGCUUUGUCUGGAGCCCACUUCUAACACUUGCUUGGCAAAUUGCCCAUUUUUUGUGAUCACAGAAUGGUGUCCAGUACUUCAUUGUGUACAGUAUGUCACUAAAUCAAAAAGGUUAUCCAUUUCGGGAUUGUCAACACUUUGGAGCAAAAAAUGUUAGCCAAAUUUCCUAUUAGAAACUGAACUGUUAUGGAAAUUGUAGAAAUAAUUGUACCCUGAUGUCUGUUUUAUUGGCAUUAAAAAAUCCAGGAGUUUUCAGAGAGCUUGAUUUAAUGUUUGAAUUACCAGAAAAUGGUGCUAUGUGAUUGUGUUAUUUGUUACUCCAUGAAUGCCAAUGUUUUAAUUAGAAUUUAAUGGAAGUGGUGAUAAAUGAAGUGUAGAAAUCUUAUAAAUAACAAAGACUGUUAAAGCUUCAACAGUUGUUGCGCACUUCUUAUUCGGGAAUGGGGCAUUUAUUCAAUUUGAAAUCUGGUGGGUGUAAUCUUAAGUACUGGUAUUAAAAGAAGCUAAUGUUACCAUGGUUACAGUUUUUUCAGUUGGUUUGUACAGUCUGAGGUUAAAGACUUGCACCUUUUUCUCCCAGAGCAUGAUGUAUAUAUGUAUGCACCCGACAUUCCAGAUUUUUAAUUGCCUAAUUUCACAGCCGUUUCAAUUGAUUCUGUUCAGUUGUUUCUCCACUGAACUUGAACUUUGGUUGAAUGUUCAGAUUUAGAAAGAUUGUUAGGUUUGUCCUAAGCUUAGUGAUUUCUGACUCUGUAUAAAUGGAAAAGAAUGAAACAGGAGCAAACAAACUUCAGAAAUUCACUUGCAGGUUUGUGUCCUGCCCAAGGAUUUUUCACGGUUGCUUUCUCACAAAAUUUCUGAAGGCUCAGAACAUGUAUUACCUUGGUCACAAAUACAGAAUGAACCGAAAAAGCAUGGGACGGGGGAUUUGAGAAGAAAAUAUCCAUGAAAUAAUCAACAGAGGUUUUAAAGGCUGCACAGCACCAUAGGUCUAUGGUAUACUGUGUUUGUCAUUGGUUGAAAAGUACCCCUUGAAAAAGCUGACAUUUUGUGCUCUAACCAGCCUUAAUGGUAAACUCAGGAUUUUCCACAUCUUGAAAGCGAUUGACAUUCCUGACAUCAGGGGAAGCCUCAUGAAAGAAUCUGGAAGUCAGGAAAAAAAUUGGGACAAAUCUCAUCCCUGAUAGGAUCUUGGGGAGGGAGUGGCCAUGUGGGGUAGGGGUGGGGGGGAUAAAAAUACAUGUAUGAUAUAACAAGAAAGUAUUGCUCUGUGUAAAAUGUACAUGAAUGUAACUAACAUAGUAUGACUGUUUCUCCAGUAAUGGGUGUCUGUGGUAAAUUUCUAUUGAAAAAUGGUGUUGCGUUGUACCAUACCAACGAGAAUUUUGGGGAUCUCCUUCAAAGUAGAGUAAAAAUGAAAAGGGAUUUUUAAAUAAUUAUUUAGGGCAGUGUGCCACAGUUGACAAGUAUUUGUCUUGCAUUUUUACCCAACUCCGAGAGGAAAGUUUGUAUAUUUUAGAAGAUAUCUUUUUUUUUGGUCCCACUCAUUUUUGUUUUUUGUUCAUGAUGCAAUUGCGUUAUGAGGAGUUGAACUAAUUUAUGUGCAAUUACAUGUAGCUAUGACUUUAAUGUUACCACCAUAGUCACCUUCUUGUACUAUGGAUGGAAAGUUUAGGAAUUUUUUGUGCUAGAUUUUCCUUAUGAUUUUAAUUUUUUCUUUGUCAAUUUCAUCCACCGUUUCCAAUUUCUACAAACGUUGCCAAUGAGACUACUUUAAAUGAAUUAAUUAUAAAUUACAAAUUUUAUUAUGGACUUAAAAAGAAGAAAAAUUCUUCCAGCAAAAUGAAAA